AUGCGACUGUGGUCCACUCCAGCGGGACUUUUUCCGUAUUCAUUCGAUGAGGUUGUGUCUGUGUUUUGGGAUCGCUAUCCUAAUUCCUUCGCGAAGCAUGUUGUCUCUGAGGAUGUGUUGGAACGGAAAAUCACAGAGAGCACAAUCGUUACGAAGAAGCUCAUCGUGAAACAUGGAAACUCUAUCCUCAAGAGGGUUCCACGUUGGUUAUCACGUAUGACCGAGAUCAGAACCGUACCGGUUAUCGAAGAAAGUGUAUACGAUCGUCGUUCGCGAACGCUUACUACUUAUACCCGGAACGUCUCACACAACGAAUUGUUUGCAAUGCAUGAGCGGUGCGUGUAUCGACCAUCAUUGGAUUCUGUAAGCGCUCCAAUGACAGAAAUUUUACGUAGUGUUUAUAUUACAAUAGACUGUGGAAGAAUGAGUUCAGUAUACGAGAAGUUGUUAUUACUUGGCUUCAAAAAGUCUGUUACCAAUACUAGUAAAGGACUCGUUGAAUUGCUUGAACAGCGAUUCGGAAUUCGGAGCCUUUCGACUGUUCCGAAAGAGAAGGUGAAGAUCCGAGAUAAGCUGUUCAAGUCACCGCUCGUUUCCGAACUUAAAUGCGAAGAUAAAUGA